AAGAAUAAACAACAAUCAAACUCAUCAUUUUUUAUAAAUAGUCUAUUUAUUCUCCAAUUAAAAUAAAAACCGAUUCCAACCAAAAUAUGCUUUUUAGCUUAGUAUAAGAUUGAAAUUUACAAAAUUCUGAACAAGAUACUACUAAAACCCUCCAUGAGUAUUUAAUUACUCCCAGAAAAACAACCUGCACAAUUGGAAACCUCCAAAUAUAAUUAACAAUGAAGUACACUACCCUUGUGCAGAUAAUCCAUCUAUGGAUAUUCAUCAAUUUCUGCUUUUCUCCAUCAUCAUCGACAAAAAGCUCCAUAGUUUUUACAACAUUAGGAAGAUCCAGAUACAAUUUCGAUAUCUACACUUUACCAAUUCCCUCAAUCACUCAAUCUUUUCCCACCAUUUCUAAACAUCAUGAACUUAAAAUUACUGAUGGAAUCUCUGUCAAUUUCAAUGGCCAUUUUCCCAUCGAUUCAUCACCGAUUUUGUCGCUUCUUAAUGAACCCAAUUCCAUUCCAUCUUCACCCAAUAACCUUCAACUCAUCUAUGUCACUGAAAGAAACGGUACUUCUAACAUCUACUUUGACUACGUCCGAGUUGUUGGUGACUCAUUCAAUCGUCCUGGAAUUAGGUCCGCCAUGGAAGUAGAAGUUCUUAAUCGGGUUCAAGUUCCUAUACUGAAAACCGAUUCAGGGAAUGAAAAUACGAGAGUUUCGAUGAAGGAUCGGCCGAGUUUAGUGGGUGAGAAUUUGAUUUAUGUGUCGACUCAUGAAAACUCGGGCGUGCCAAGAACGAGUUGGGUAGCAGUUUAUUCGACCCAUAUUCCAACCGGGUCAACCUCCAGGUUAACCCCUAAAGGUGUUGCGGAUUUUAGCCCGGCAGUUUCUCCGUCAGGGGUUUACACCGCCGUAGCUUCUUAUGGUGGAAAAGGAUGGAGUGGAGAUGUUGAGGAGCUUCGUACGGAUAUCUAUGUCUUCUCAACUCGAGACGGGUCGGGUCGAGUUAAGAUCGUUGAACACGGUGGGUGGCCGACUUGGGUUGAUGAUCGAACGAUUUACUUUCAUCGGAGAAACGAUGAAGAUGGCUGGUGGAGUAUUUACAAAGCGAUUCUUCCACGAGUUGGACGAGUUAACACUGAGUCGGUUAUUGUUGAGCGAGUCACCCCACCUGGUUGGCACGUUUUUACUCCGGCUACUUCACCGGGUAAUCAUGACUUUAUUGCUGUUGCUACUAGAAGACCCGGAUCCGAUUUUAGACAUAUUGAGCUUUUUUAUGUUAAGAAUAAAAAGUUCAUGGAACUAACCCGUUUUGUUUCACCGAAUACCCAUCAUUUUAACCCAUUUUUAUCAGCUGAUGGGACCCAAUUAGGGUACCAUAAAUGUAGGGGUGGAGAAAAGGAUAGUAGUGGAAGUAAAAUACUAUUACUUGAAAACCUAAAAACAUCCGAACCCGAAAUAUCUCUAUUUCGGGUUGAUGGGUCGUUUCCAUCGUUUUCACCCAUGGGCGAUCGGAUCGCUUUUUUGGGUGAUUUGAAUGAUGGGUAUCUCUAUGUUGUAAACCAUAAUGGGUCUAAUAUGAGGGCUGUUCAUAAAGGUAGGGCUUUUACAAGUGCUUGGGACUUUGUAAGAAAGGGUGUGGUUUACACAAGUGUAGGUCCCAAUUUUGCCUCCGAAAGUACUAAGGUUGAUAUAAUUGCUAUUAAUGUAGAUGAUGAGGAAUUACCUUAUAAAAAGUUAACUCAUGGAGGUGAAAAUAAUGCAUUUCCAUCUCCGUCGCCCAAUGGUAAGUGGAUCGUGUUUCGAUCAGGUCGAUCGGGGCAUAAAAACCUAUACAUUAUGGAUGCUGAGGAAGGUGAAUUGGGUGGGAUUCGGAGAUUGACGGAGGGUCCAUGGAGUGAUACCAUGUGUAAUUGGUCACCCGACGGAGAAUGGAUUGCAUUUGCAUCGGACAGAGAGGAUCCGGGUGGUGGAAGUUUUGAGGUGUUUAUGAUCCAUCCUAAUGGGACAGGGCUUCGUAAGGUAAUCCAAAGUGGAGUGGGCGGGCGAGCGAAUCAUCCAUGGUUUAGUCCGGACGGGCAAAGUAUUGUGUUUACUUCAGAUUAUACUGGAGUGUCAGCUGAGCCUAUUUCAAACCCACAUCAUUACCAACCUUAUGGUGAAAUCUUUAUUGCGAAAAUUGAUGGAUCGGAUAUCCGAAGAUUAACCCAUAAUUCAUUUGAGGAUGGUACCCCAACAUGGGGAAGGAGGUUCUUAAAUCCUAUAGAUGUGGCCCAACCAAAUAAGGAACCUAAAUGUGAGUUUCAAGAUUGUCAUUGGCUUAACAUAAAAAACAAACUGGGCAUGGUAGGACCAUAUAGUUCAAAUGGAGCUCAUUGUUAAGAAGCUCUAAUUAGUAGUUGUUUCGUGUAAAAAAACUUUUGCUUCAUGUAUUAGUAACAAUAAGGAAAGCAUUUGUGUAUGUGUUUGUUUAAGUGAUAUGUAAAUCAAAAGAUGUUGUUAGGGGCAAAAAGUUGUACUCUUGUAUUUAUAUUUAUAUAAUAAAAACUAUUUGAUUAGUA